UUGAAUUCAACUAAUUACAACGUGAAAAACUUUUACAAAAAAUUAUGUGUUCCCAUUAGAGAAUUUGUUUACACGCGGUAUUCUUUGUUUUGAAAUAUGAUGGGUAUCAAAAUGUCAUAGUUUUUAUAACAACAGCUGACAUAUUUCUUACAAUUCAGUGGCUUUAUUCAGAGCGCUGUGAGAGUGGAAAGUAAUGAAUUACUUUGAAAACUCGAUCAGUGCCAAUUUAAAUAAAUUAAAUCCACAUGACAAGCAUCCAUAAAAAAUUUCGAUGCGAUGAAUUUUACGUAUGAGUAAAUUGACUUUAUUGAUUUGUUAUACCCGCGUCAGCUAUUAGCAAGCUAAAACUAAUAAGUGAAGCGUGAUAUUGUUGAGAACAUUUAAAUCGUUAUACCGAAUUUUAAUAAUAACAAGAGGAGAUCAAAGAGAGAUUUAUAAGAAAAAUUAUAUAACUAAAGGGAAAAAGAGCACGUUGUUUGUGUGUAAACGUUGACAUCGAUAAUGUCAGAUUCAAAAUUCGAAGUGCUGGGAGUGGUAGGAGGAGGCACAGUGAAGAACGGAACGUGUCCGCUGGUGGUGAUGGACUGCCAGUACAACAUUCCUGAUGGUGAAGAGGCAGCAGGUCUAGUGGUUAAAUGGUACCAUGGUGGACACGGUGGAAAAUUCAAGCUUGUAUAUCAGUGGAUACAAGGAAUGAAACCUCAGGCUCUGGGUAUCCUGCGAGGAAGGCUGGAUCUAAAUUAUGAAGCAUCUUUUGAUCCAUUGAAGGCUCACAGCGCGCUGGCUUUCAUAAGACCAACGGCAGAGUUGGCAGGAGAUUAUAAAUGCAAGGUUUCCACGCACUUACACGAGGGCUCUGCCACAGGAAAUCUCGUUCUCUACACCUCGGCAUCGUCGUUCAAUAUCCAGGUGGCUCAAGAUUCGCUCAGUCGAGUCACUGUUAACUGCGUGGGAGAAGGCGUUUAUCCGGAGCCUGAUAUUUCUUUAUCUAGCACCGACCUCAACACAAGAAAGCGAACGCCUAUCCACGCGACGAUAUACAAAGACAGGAACAAGGCAAGCAAUCUGUACAGAGUGUCAGCGACUGCCAGCAUCCCUACAUACCAGCUCAACAAGGAGACUGUCUUUGGCUGCGCCUUGAGCCUGCCUGGUACAGACUACAGACUUGAGGACAGACUUCUGUAUCAUCUCGAGGCAGUGAGAAACGAUAAUGCACGUUCAGCAGCCUCAAUGCGGAGCACGAGUCUCGCAUUACAACCCUCUCCCCUAUUGUUCCUGCUCGCUCUCGCAUUUUACUGGUAUUCCUCGAGGAGAAGAACUCGAGGAUCAUCUCGGCCACCUCAGUGACGAGCUGCCAAGAACAACCCUCUCCCUUAUUGUUCCUGCUCGCUCUCGCAUUUUACUGGUAUUCCUCAAGGAGAAGAAUUCGAGGAUCUUCUCGGCCAUCUCAGUGACGAGCUGCCAAGAACAACCCUCUCCCUUAUUGUUCCUGCUCGCUCUCGCAUUUUACUGGUAUUCCUCAAGGAGAAGAACUCGAGGAUCUUCUCGGCCAUCUCAGUGACGAGCUGCCAAGAACAACCCUCUUCCUUAUUGUUCCUGCUCGCUCUCGCAUUUUACUGGUAUUCUUCGAGGAGAAGAACUCGAGGGUCUUCUCGGCCAUCUCAGUGACGAGCUGCCAAGAAGUUAAGAACAACCCUCUCCCUUAUUGUUCCUGCUCGCUCUCGCAUUUUACUGGUAUUCCUCGAGGAGAAGAACACGAGGAUCUUCUCGGCCAUCUUAGUGACGAACUGCCAAGAUAAACUAUUUGCCGGUCCGAAAUGCAAUGAAUUUUUCCGACAUAUGAAUUCUAAAAAUUGUAAUAUUUAUUCAUAAAGUAUUGUUCAGUGCCAUUUGAAUUCACUUAGAGAGCUGUUUGAUGCCGUAGUUAUAACUGUGUUUCACCGUUGUUAUAGUUUGGAUAUCAGUUUGAUCAUUGUAAUUGAAUUUUUAUAGAACCCAUAAAUGGAAAUGUACCUAUAAAUGCUUAUACAUUAUUUAUAUUAGUUUCGAAUGCUUUAUACGAAUGAACAUAACUUUCGUCAUUUGUGAUAUAUGUUGGUGUUUUGUAUCUCGGUUCAACUUUUCUAUCAUACACUACUUCUGUAUGAUAAGCAAAAGUUUUAUAAGCUUCCAGUUAGGAAAAUCUGUGAUAAUAAUUGUAAUUUAGAUUUGUUUCAAAUUAGUCCUAAAAUACCGGCUUUAUGCGGUGAAACAUUCACGGACAUUAAUCACGUCGUAAUUCCUAAUUUGAAAUGUGGCAUAUUUAUUUGAAUGAAAAUGUAAAUUUUACAUUGUUUUUCUUUUUAUUGAUGCAAGAACAUCUCUUUGAAAACAAGUUGUCAUCUCCUACAACGGAAUUAAUAUGAUUAUGAGCCAAUUUUUGAAUGGAUAAGUAAUUUGCUUUAAGAAUAAUGGUGAUACGUAUUUUUAUAGGAAAUUCAAAUUAAUAAUGUUUAUUCUAUAAAUAAAUGAAUAUUGAAAUCGCCGAUUAUUCCUAUAAUAAUAUAAUUCACUAUUAGCUAAUUAUGUUAUUCUUUAGCCUCCUAAGAAACCGUUUUUAUGGCAAUUAUGGAGAGAUUUUUCAGUUAUCUUCAUAAUAAAUGCAAAAAGAUUUCCGCUGUCUAAAUUUAUGAGUGAAACUACACUGUUAAAAGUAUUAUAACUAUACUACUGCAAUAAGUCUUAAAAAUGUAAAAAAAUCUAUUCGAAAGCGUAUUCGGUGGCUUACAUCAAUAUAAUAUGGCUGGCCGCAUUUAUUAAUAAAAAGGACAGACGGGGUCCUGCAAUUUAAUAUAAA